AUGAAACUUAGAGUCGCUUGUGUCCAAUUAAAUGCAAGGUUAGGCAAGGUAGAUUCGAACGUUGCCAAGGUCAAGCAUCUCUUGUCCACAGUUAAGAAAGAGAUCGAUCUUAUAUUACUUCCCGAAUUUGCAGUUACAGGUUAUAACUUUCCAAGCAGAGAUGAUAUCGAGCCUUACCUCUCAAAAGCAGGAGCUGGUCCCUCUGCUUCUCUAGCCAGGGAACUAUCCGACAAGUACAAGUGUUUCACAGUCAUUGGGUAUCCAGAGAAGCACGAGGAGAAGAUAUACAAUUCUGCGAUGGUCAUUGACGACGCAGGGACGUUGAUCCAUAACUAUAGGAAGACGCAUUUGUAUGAAACAGAUGAAAAAUUUGGAUGUUCUGAAAACCCGGAUUCCCUGUUCCCUUCUGUUAGACUUAAACUCGGCAAGAAUGGCCAGAAGAAGGAGGUUUUGACGAACUUGGGUAUAUGCAUGGAUUUGAAUCCCUAUAAGUUUGAGGCGCCGUUUUACGAAUACGAGUUUGCCACAUCUUGCCUUGACAAUGAAUCGUCUCUUGUGCUUGUUCCAACAGCUUGGCUCUCCGAAAAAUCACCUUCCAUCAAUGAUUCCUUGAGCAAACAAGAGAAACUUAAUCAGGGUCAAGUUUUCGAGAAGCAGUUCGAAGAUCAGCCAGACUACCCUAUUGAAAAUGCUGAUAAGCCAAGCGAACUGACAGUGAACUAUUGGAUCUUAAGGUUCUUCCCAUUUCUUUCUCACGUCAGAAGUUACUUUCCCAAGAAGUCAUCAAAGACGACGGUGGUGGUAUGCAAUAGAGUGGGCAUUGAAGGCGACACUUUGUAUACGGGAUCGUCGUCGAUCUUCCAAUUCGACCCUCUGCAGCCAGCCUCUGAUCAUAUUGAUAGCAAAAAUGCCAGUGUGAACGUUUUGGGUAGCCUUGGCCAAGCCACGGAGGGUGUGUUAUAUCGAGAAAUCGAGUUAUAG